AUGGAUGAUAAAAUUAGCAUAUCCUCCAACAGGGAAGUUAAGUUCCCAAAAUUGGAGGGAUGCUUGACGGACAUAUUUUUGGAGAGACUUGACGAUUAUUUCUCUCAAAUAAUUUUAUCCGACUCAAUAAAAAUCGAAACGUUGAUGAGCAAUUUAUCUGAUGACCUAUACGAUAAAAUUAAGUCAUUAUACGAAAUGAUUGAAAUAGGAAGAAAAUUAGAUAGUAUUAACAUUAAAUCAGAAAGUGACAAUGAUAAUUAUGUUUUUAGUAGGGAUAAAAAAUUUAAUAAAAAUAAUUACAAUAUUAGAAAUAAUGAUAAGAAUUUAGAUAUCCAAAGUACUUCUAAUAGGAAUGAGAUUAAUAGUAACUAUAAUAGACCUAAUUAUUAUUCGAGGCAAAAUUUUGAUAGUAGGAAUAGAAAUUAUAGUGAUAACAAUUUUAGUAAUGUUAACCACAACAAGAAUAAAAAUUUUAGUAACGUUAGAAACAAUAACAAUUAUAAUAAUAACAACUAUAGAAAUAAUCAGUAUAAUGAUAGUAACUAUCAAAAUUACAAUUAUCGGUAUAACAAUAGCAACAGAAACUUUCAUAAUAAUAAUCAUCAAUCUUAUAACAACAACUAUGGUAGGAACAACGCCUGGUUUAAUUAUAAUCAGAGGAGGCAGAUUCGUGACGAUCAAAAUCAUAAUAAUUACCGAUCUUAUAACAACAAUUCAAAUAAUUAUGAAGGAAAAAACAGGUGGCAUAAUAAGGAUAACCAAAGAAAACAAAUCGAAUAUGACGAUCGUAAUCGGUGGAAGGAUUUUAAUCAAAGAAAACAAAUCCAGUAUGAUAAUCAAAACUUCUACGAUAGCAAUAAUUGUAAUAUGAACAUUGAAGGAGUUGGGGAAAAUAAAGUUGGCACUACCAAAGACAAUAAUGAGAAUGAUUUCAAUGUCAACAACCUGGCUGAAAAUACAGACAAAGGUGAUGACCGUGCUUUUAUGACUACUUUGAAAUUAAAUAAUGUUACUACUACUGUGCAGGUUAAAGUAAGUUAUGAAGGAAUCACUAAAUAUUUACUAGCAGUAGUUGUAGAGUCGAGAAAGAACGCGUUAUUAGGAAGAAUCUGGAUCAAUGCCUUUAAAAAUAUUUUAAAUAAAUUCGUGGGAAAUGUCGACACCAAUUAUGAAGACGAAAUCAAUAAACUUAUUAAAGAUUGUGAAUCCAAAUUGACUAGCGAACCAAUUAACAAAGUAAAUGUCAAAUUACAUUUAAGAUGUGACGCCCAACCUAAAAUAAUACCACCAAAAUGUAUACCGUAUUCAAAGAUUGAUCUUGUGGGCGAAGAACUGAAUAGAUGGAUACACGAAAAAAUUAUUGAGCCUGUAAAUGAUGUGCGAUGGGCGAGUCCUAUAACCGCCGUAUACAAAGAUGAUGGGAGCAUCAGGCUUUGCGCAGAUUUUAAAGACACUAUAUACCCAGCUCUCGAAGACUUUAGAUACCCACUUCCAAGUAUAAAUGAUCUUAUAGCUAAACUUUCAGAAGGAAAAAAAAUUACCAAAAUCGAUUCCAAAAAUGCUUUUCUACAAGUUCCGAUUGAUAAAAAUAUCAGAAAAUUUUUGACUAUAUCUACACAAGGGAUACUACCAAUUUACCAGACUUCCUUUUGGGUUGAAAACUACAUCUGCUAUAUUCCAACAAAUCAUGGAUCAGAUUUUCGGUGA